AUGGCCUACAGAAAGCGCGACAGUUACUCGGCUAGCUACUCUGACGCUUACAGCUCUGUCCCCACCACCUCCUCCCCGUCUUUUGCCCACGCGCGCUCAGCAACCGCAGGCGCCGCACAACAAUACGACGAGGAGGCCUACUUCACUUCCCCCUUCUCCUCUACCCAGCAACUCCCCAUGGCCACCGCAUACUCCCGCGACCGGGCUGGCUCUCGCGGCGGCGACCCUAGCCCCCUCAGCCCGCCUCGUCCUCAGUUCCUCGACGGCGACCGCCAUUCCUCCAGCGACGCUGAGACCGCCAGCGACUCGGACAACUCCAACUUUGGCGUCAGCACCCCCCGCGCCAACGCCAACCGCGUCCAUAUGCGUGGCCGUUCCAACACAAACUCCUCUCAGCCUCGCGCUGUCGCCGCCAGUCCUCCCGGCACCACUCGCUCACGCAACCACACCCGCCGCCGUAGCAGCGCCGCCAACGACUACUCGUACGACUAUGCUCACGCCUACGCCGCUGGCGAAGAGGACGGCCCCAUGCUCAACUCCCCUCCGCUUUCGUCCAUCGGUCACGCUCUCGCAAAUCCAUUUGGCUCCCCUGACGAGACCCCCCGCAACUCUCUCUACGGCGGCCCCGGCGAUCGUAUGAGCAGCGGCAGUGAGAAAGGCUUUGGUGGUCGUGCCCCACCCUCCUCUUACGCCUUCCAAAGCCACACUGGCAACCCCGACCCCCUCCCUGGUGGCGUCAACAAGCGUUCCUCGCUCGAAUCGAUCCGUGCACGUGGUCCAGGAGGUGCGACGCUCGCUCAGCUCCCUCCACCACCGCCGCCGAGUAAUUCGGGACACUCAAUGGUGUCUAUCUCUGCAGGUCCCGGGAGCUACAACAAUUACGGCAACAAUGUGCUCAUGGCGCCCGCCGGCGGAAACCCCCUCAGCCCGCCCGGCAGCGGUACCGCAUACCCCACCGGCCAGGCGACCGGCGGCUACGGCCUCGUCGCCGAGACGGAUGAGCUCGGACGCCCCUACGCGCCCUUCAUGGGCGGCGAGGCGGACCGUAGCCAGACCCCGCCGAGCCCCGGGCACGGCAGCCUGUACGCGCGCAGUGCAGCGGGCGCAAUCGCCUCGAACGCGAGUGCGGCAAUGUCGAUGCGCGCGCCGUUCCUGAGCCCCGCGAGCCGUCCGACGUCGUCACUGUGGGCGCCGCCGAGCUACCCGUACGCGUACCCGCCCGGGAGCGGCUCGAGCACGGCGCUCAACUCGUACGCGGGGAGUGGGCUGUACCCCAGCCAGUACCCGAGCUACGCGGACAUCCAGGCGCAGCUGCGCAAGAGCAAGCCGAUCCUGCCCAGUUCGCGGCUUGUGACAAAGCUGACUGCGGAGGAGAAGCCGUGGAUGGCGAAGAAGGAUGGGCGCAAGCGCGCGUCGUACUGGCUGACGUUGUUCGGGAUGUUCCUUGGCGUCCUCGGCGCCGCGGCGGUGUGCUACUUUAGCUGGAUCAGCGUGAACGUGCUCUCGAACAGCGAGCUGUGCAGCGUGCUCAGCGAAGACUGGAGCGGCGGGCUCGACCUCAACCAGACGUGGUCGCCGGAUAACCAGCUCGGUGGAUUUGGCAAUGGCGAGUUCCAGAUCACGACGACGAGCAGCACGAAUCUUUACGUCAAGAACAACGAGCUAUACAUCUACCCAACCCUCACGAGCGAUACGCUCUCUGGUGGCUACCCUGCCAUUUUUGAUGGCGGUUCGUACACUGUCCCCGACUGCUCGACCUCGAACAAGACCGCGUGCUCGGCAACGUCGUCGAACAAGACCUCCACUGUGAUCAACCCGGUGAUGUCCUCCCGCAUCAGCACGCAGAACUCGUACAGCAUCAAGUAUGGCCGUGUUGAGGUCGUCGCGAAGCUACCGCAGGGCGACUGGCUCUGGCCCGCUAUCUGGAUGUUGCCGGUGAACAACACGUACGGCCCCUGGCCCAUGUCUGGGGAGAUUGAUAUCAUGGAGGCGCGCGGGAACCCGCCGUCGUACCCGGCACAGGGCACGAACUUUGUGCGCUCGUCGCUGAACUACGGCGUGUUCGAGGUGCUGCAGACGCACCUGUUCGGCUGGUGGGAGAGCAAGGUGACACCGUACAGCGCGGACUUUCACACGUACGCACUGGAGUGGACGGAUUCGUGGAUGCGGCUGUACGUCGACUCGCGCCUGCAGGCGAUGAUGAACCUGCAGAUCACAGGCAAGGGCGGCAAGUCGUUCUUUGACCGCGGCGCGUACCCGACCACGGUGCAGAACGGCAGUACUGAGGCCGUCGUCACGGACAUCUGGACCCAGAUGGGCGGCGGUGCGAACGCGCCGUACGACCAAGAGUUCUACCUGAUUCUGGACGUGGCUGCGGGCGGGACGAGCGGCUGGUUCCCUGACAGCGUCGGCAACAAGCCCUGGUACGACGGCUCCCCGACCGCCAUGCGCGAGUUCGCCUUGGCCCAGGAGACGUGGUAUGCGACCUGGCCGUCGGAUGACACCGACCGCGCUUUCCGAGUGUCGUCCGUCAACAUGUGGAAGCUCUGCUGA